AUGAAUACACAACAACACAAUCGUCCUCCACCACAAACCGUGGUAGGAGGACUCUUCCAUCAAUUAUUAGCAAAUUGGCUUCUAUGCACUUGUGCCAUGAAUUCACGGAUGCACCAACUUCGGUUUGUUUUGCUACCAACAUUCUCACGACCCCACCAUGCGAUGGCAUAUCAACUAACUUUUAGCACAACUUGCACUUCAGUUUCCGGCAUAUACUGA